AUGAGAUCCGACUACAGGUUUUCCAACCUUUUGGGGACCGUCUACCGACAAGGAAAUCUCUUGUUUUCCAAUGAUGGGACUCAAUUGCUGUCUCCCGUCGGCAACAGAGUGUCGGUGUUCGAUCUGGUGAACAACAAAUCUUUCACAUUCGAAUACGAACACCGGAAAAACGUGGCAUGUUUGGACCUCAACACACAGGGAAGUCUGCUGCUGUCUGUUGAUCAAGACGGACGUGCCAUUUUGGUCAAUUUCCGCGCCAGAACUGUGCUACACCAUUUCAAUUUCAAAGAUAAAGUGCGGACCGUGAAAUUCUCACCCGACGGCCGACUUUUUGCGCUGGCCUGUGGACGAUUCAUACAGAUCUGGAAAACGCCCGAAGUGGGCGAAGACCGGCAGUUUGCGCCGUUCGUACGUUACAGGGUUCACGCGGGCCAUUUUGACGACGUAACGUCUUUAACUUGGUCUCAGGAUUCCAGAUUUCUGUUAUCCACGUCCAAGGACCUGACGGCGCGGCUUUGGUCUAUUAGCUCGGAAGAGAAAGAUUUAGCGUCGACGACUUUUGCUGGUCAUCGUGACAAUGUCGUUAGCGCCUAUUUCUCGUCGAAUCAAGAAAUCAUCUAUACGAUAAGCAAGGACGGUGCCGUUUUCCAAUGGGAAUACACCGGCAGACCUGAUUUCGAAGACCAAGAACCAGAUGCGACGGCCAAUCUGAGUUGGCGCAUCACCAAAAAACACUAUUUCUACGCAGCGCCCGCCAAAGUCAAAUGCACAGCAUUUCACGCGGCAUCAAACGUUCUCACAGUGGGCCUCAGCGACGGCUGUUUCAGACUUUACGAAAUGCCAGAUUUCGUUCUCAUACAACAACUAACCAUGGGUCAGAAUGCGGUCAACGCUGUGUCGGUAAAUCAAUCAGGUGAAUGGUUGGCUUUUGGAUCCAGCACUCUUGGACAACUAGUGGUAUACGAAUGGCAAUCUGAAUCCUACAUUUUGAAGCAGCAGGGCCAUUUCGACGCUUCUAACGCUAUAGCAUACUCGCAUGACGGAUCUCGCGUCAUUACUGGUUCCGACGACGGCAAAAUAAAGGUUUGGGACACGUCUUCGGGGUUCUGUCUUGUAACUUUCCAAGAGCACACUUCGGCUGUCACAGCAGUGAAAAUAGUGAAGAAGGGCCAAGUAAUGUUUUCUUCUUCUUUGGAUGGUACUGUUAGAGCUUGGGAUCUUCUCCGUUACCGCAACUUCCGGACUUUUACAGCCGCGGAGAGGAUACCCUUUAAUUGUUUGGCAGUUGAUCCUACUGGCGAAGUUGUUUGUGCUGGAUCAGUGGAUAGCUUUGACGUGCAUGUUUGGUCCGUGCAAACGGGUCAAUUGGUGGAAACUUUAUCUGGCCACGAAGGCCCCGUGUCAUGUUUAUCCUUCAGUCAAGAGAACGGUUUACUCGCCUCUGCCUCGUGGGACAAAACGGUGCGCAUAUGGUCCAUUUUCGGCCGUUCUCAGCAAGUAGAGCCUCUCGAAGUUUACUCAGACGUUUUGGCCAUCUCCUUGAGACCAGACGGGAAAGAAGUUGCAGCAGCAACCUUGGAUGGUCAGAUUUCUUUCUUUAACGUGGACGAAGGAAAGCAGGUAGGUAGCAUUGAUGGUAAAAAAGACAUUAUCUCUGGGAGGCACCUUGAAGACAGAUUUACCGCGAAGAAUUCUGCUAGGUCCAAGUUUUUCACAACAAUCGAUUACAGUUUUGACGGAUUUUCAAUGAUCGCCGGUGGAAAUAAUAACUCUAUUUGCCUGUACGACAUUGCAAAUGGAGUUCUUCUCAAAAGGUUUGUUGUGUCCAGAAACAUGUCUUUGAACGGUACUAUGCAGUUUUUGAACAGCAGUAAAAUGACGGAGGCAGGAUCAUUGGAGCUAAUUGAUGUGAACGCUGAAAACUCGGAUCUGGAAGAAAGAAUAGACAAUACUCUACCUGGAUCUCAGAGAGGUGGGGACUUGUCAACGCGGAGAGUUAGACCUGAAAUCCGAGUAGCUGCUCUGAAUUUUUCUCCAGCUGCGAAAGCCUUCGCUGCAGCUUCCACUGAAGGAAUACUAAUAUACAGCAUCGAUGACUCCCUCGUGUUCGAUCCGUUCGAUUUAGAUACGGAUGUGACGCCUCAAGGUGUUUCAGAGAUGCUCGGUGAAAAAGAUUACAUGAGUGCAGUCGUCAUGGCGUUUAGACUGAAUGAAUCCUAUCUCAUUCAGAAAGUCUACGAAGCUGUUCCUGUCUCUGAAAUAAAUAUAGUAAGCCAAAGCUUGCCUGUGGUAUACGUGUCCAGAAUGCUCAAGUUCAUUGGCGAUUUUGCCGUCGACUCUCCACAUCUGGAAUUCAAUCUUUUAUGGAUAAAAGCCCUACUGUCUAGCCAUGGAGCGCACGUAAUGAACAGAAAACAUGAAUUUUCAGCGGCGUUGAGAGCUCUCCAGAGGUUCAUUAACAGAAUUGCGAAAGACGUUGUCACAACUACAAAAAAUAACACUUAUGCAUAUUGUUUCUUGACGUCAACGGAUGGGGCCAUCGAGCAAGAGGACGACGAGGGACAAGAGCCCGUGGGUGCCGACCAUGACUUUUUCGCUUCGUCCGAAGACGAAGAAAUGUCUACUGCGGAAAGCGACGAAGACCAAGACGAAGACAAGGUCACUUUUGAUGAGAAGAAAAAAUUGCCCUUAGAGCUUAACGAGGACUCUGAUGAAGAGCUAAUUUGA